AUGGACUAUAUGUGGAAUAACUUAUCCAUGGCUACCCAGCAGUACCUAGGAAAGUACUGCCUAGCUCCUCAACAUCCUACAAUUUCUGAAGGUCAACAUGGACCAACUAUGGACAGGAAAUCAAAAAGAACCUCUGCUUGUGAUUCUGAACUAUUCAACUCUGAAACAUUCCGAGGUUGUGAAGCACCACCUCCUAAUCCAGAGCCUGCCUCCGAAGAUGAAAAUACUUCAAAUAUUUUAGACAUAACCAGGCUGAAAAAGCUUCCCAAGUUAAUUUGA